AUUUAUUGACUAUCUCAAAACUAGUUGGUUCACGUGAGAGAUGUUGUCCUGAUUAAAACAAAACAAAGUGAUGUUUUUUUAUUAGUAGGCCCAUAGGCCAAGUGUGUAUCAAAUCAAAACACAUUAUACCAGCAAAAUCACACAUCACCUCUCAACCCCAGAGUGUAUUUUCACACAUCAUAAAAACUGCACAAGGAUAAAGGGACAUUAUCAGCAAAGAUUUUUUGUAUUUUUGAGUCGCUUAAUAAAAGUUGUCAGAUUUUGUCCUAGUAAUUUGUUUUAGAAAACAUUACUUAAAGGUUGAAACUACUUAUAUUAAUGGAUGAACAAAUAAAAGAGGUUAACUUGUUUUUGGUUGGAAAAACUGGAUAUGGGAAAAGUGAAACAGGUAAUACGAUCCUGGGCGAUCAGAGAUUUGUUUGCUCGUCUGAUGGUUUGCCCAAAACAUUAAACAUUGAAAGCGGUGAUGUAUAUUUUAAAAAUUUCCAUCUCCGAGUAUUUGAUACUCCUGGUCUAGCAAGUUCUGAGGAUGUGAAAGCACCCAAGAUGUCCGUUGUAAGGAGAGCCCAGGAUAUCGAGCCGUUUAUUCAACCCACAGGUUGUCAUCUCUUUCUUCUAAUCAUGAGAUUCGGUGUCCGUCUGACCCAGGAAGAAUAUAACUGCAUAAUGGUGCUGAAAGAAAUAUUCGGGUCAGACUUCAUAGAACACUUUGGCAUCAUUUUAAUGACUCAUGGCGACCAGUUUGCCAAACAAGUUCCAGAUUUCAGCUUUAAAGAUUGGUGCCGAAACCAAGAAGGUUAUUUCAAGCAAUUAUUUCGCGAAUGCAAGGAAAGAAUCAUUUUAUGGGACAAUGUAAAUGUGCACGCAAGAGAAGACCAAGUUGGAACUUUAAUAAGUAGCGUAGGUGAAAUAACUAAGACUGAACAAACUUACACUCGUAGAAAUUUUGAAAACGCCAAACUGCAGAGAAUUUCUAAAAAUCCUUGCCUAAAUGAAGAGCUACAAUCUAUUUGUAAAGAAUUAGAGCUGAUUGGAGAAAGUAUAUUAGAGGAUCGUCUUGAAAAAUACAAUCUGUUGUUAGAUAGAAUGGACAAGAUGCUUUACACUUUAACAAAUGAAAGCAAGGAAGUGAAACAAAUGUCCAAAGAAAUAACUGAAGUUUUAACAAAUCGUUUGGAUUCUGUUCUAAAGAGCAUACAAAUGAAUGAUAAUCAGCCUUGUGGUCCAAGCAAAAGCGUUGCUAAGAAUGAAACUUCAUUAAAUAAAGCUGAUGAUGUUUCUGUAGGAUCUGAGCCAGCACUGCAAAGUGAAGAUAUCAAGCUUGAAGAACAAAGAAAAUCUAUUCAAGAACAAUGCGAACGAGAACGGCAGGAACUGAUGGAAAGCGUUAAGCAGGAAGCCACCAAGAAAAAGAAAACAUAUUUUAAGAAGAAAAAGAAUAAAGAGGAGAACGAUCCUUUAUUAGAAACAGUUCAGCUGAUGAUGGAUGCCAUUAACAAAAAAGAAGAGCGGAUGUUAAAGGAGAUUGAACUUCAACAGAGCAAACUUGCGAGUGAAAGAGAAUUAGCUGCCUUGAAAAUACGUUUAGCAAACGAUAAAUACAAUAAUCCUUUGCAGCUUCUAUAGUUGAUUAGCUAUGAAGAGAUGAGACAGAAGUCAUUGUAAAUAGUCCCCAAGACUAAUGUAAAUAUACGGAGACCUUCAUAUUGUAUUGUCAUACUAAAUCUAUUUUUAUUUAAUAGUCAUUGUAACAAAGUAAUGUUUUGUUUACUAUUAGUCUAAUGCAAUAUGUUUCCAACUAUCUGCAGUUAUUUUGGAUGCACAAAUUCUUUAUUUCAGAACACUUCAUUUUUCAAAAACGGUUAACUCAUUUUUGUCAAAUGUGAAAUAAGUAUAUUAUUCAAAAUGUUACCAAACGCAUAUUUUCUAAACCUUCUUCUUCUUUGUUUUCAUUGAACAAGUCGGAGGGUUCAGAUCAGUAAUCCUAUAUCUGAGAUGAACCGCGCAGUGGUUUUCAGGUCAGGCAGUUCUCCGUAUAGUUUUUGUUCUAUAUCAGCGGUUCUCAACCUUUUAGUCUCGGCGACCCUUUUUUACCAUCCCCCACUCUGUCGCGACCCCCCCCCGCACACACACACAGCAAUAUAAGAGUAGACAAUAAAAAUCAAUUUUUUCGAUGGUCUUAUGCGACCCCUGGCAAAUCGUCAAUCGACCCCCAAAGGGGUCGCAAACCACAGGUUGAGAACCCCUGUUCUAUAUGAAGGUUUUGGGACCAGAGUCAUGUUUGGGACACUUGAUAAAGUAUGCAGCUAUCUAAACCUGUAAGCUAUGAAGUCCAGGCAAGGGAGAAGGUGUAUUUUUAGUUACAAAUCUUUUAUCAACUAACUCACCCUAUCUGUCAGUCGGGUAAAUAGUUUGCACACGUGAUUUUUCCUCACAUCUAAUUUCGGAUUAUGUUUAAUUUUUGCACACUUAUCUCUUUUGCCUUACAACACUAGAAUCAACUUUAAAAAAAAUAACUUAUUUGUUAUUUAACUAUUGGUAAUUAAUUAUUUUGUUGGUAUCGAAAAAGGGAAAGAAAUUUUCCUUCGAUUUUCCGUAUAUAGUGGUAUACGUUGAAUUAGACACUUUAUAUUUAUUGUAGAGAAAUGAGUCGUCACUUAAAAGUUUCAAUCUAUCAAAAGACAGAUAUGAAACCUUCUUUGUUUUUUUUUAGGUCCCCCCCCCCUUUUCUCUUUUUUUCCAACUGGUCCAGACAAAUAAUAGGAUCAAAGAGCAUUGAGAAAGCUAAAAGCAUGAAACUGCACUAAAGAAAAACAAUUGGUAAAAACAUUUCUCAUCGCGCAGAAUUAUCACUGUAAAUUUAGAUCUAGAUCUAUUUUAAAUUUAAUUAAAUGACUGAUCCAAACUAAUUGUCACUGUUACACUCAAUAAAAGUUUUUUUAAUUAUUA